AAUCAUCAACGGUAAUAGUGUGUCCUUCUGUCCAAUCAUAAUACUCGUUAGUAGGAGGUGUGCCGAACACUGCGGAAAUGUGUUAAACGCUACAAGGCAUUACGAUGUCCUUGCACGUUUGGCGAUUGUUUUUCUGAGGAUUUCAUUGAGUUUAUUUAUUUACGAGAUCCAAUAUGCCUCUCCAUAAAUACCCCCCCAAAAUCUGGAAUGCCCUGAAACUAAAAGAGGGGAUCUACGCCCGUCUCCCCAAACACUACCUGAAGUCCCUGGAGCAGAAAGAGCCCACUCCGGUCCACUGGAGGCCUUUGGGGGUCAAGUACCAUCUCAGCCCAAAGACCGGGCAGAAGGAACGAGUGCAAGAUGUCCCAAUACCUAUAUACUACCCUCCUCAAUCGCAGAACGGCCUGUGGGGGGGAGAGGGUUGGGUAACAGGGUACAGAUACGCCAACAAUGACAAAAUGUCCAACCGUUUGAAGAAGACAUGGAAACCACAGCUCUUGCAGAGGGAGCUUUACAGUGAGAUCCUGGACCACAAGUUCACCAUCACAGUCACGCCUCGCACUCUGAAUCUCAUUGACGCAGCCUUUGGCUUUGACUUCUAUAUUCUCAAAACGCCAAAGGAAGAUCUCUGCUCCAAACUGGGAAUGGACCUGAAGAGAGCAAUGUUGCUUCGCCUGGCUCGCAAAGACACGCAACUGUAUCCGGAUGAGCCCACGAAGAGAGAGAAGGUCUACAACAAAUUCAGGCAGUUUGAGAUCCCAGAGGAGGAAGCCGAGUGGGUGGGCCUCACUCUGGAGGAAGCUGUGGAGAAGCAGAGGCAGCUGGAGGACAAGCCCCCUGCGCCGUUGUUCAAGGCCUGCGCGGAAAAGCUAAUAGAGGAGCUGCAGAUCCAAAAACUCUCCCAGCCUCAUCUCAUUGACAAGAAUUGAAGCGUUGAAUCAUCCACCAUUUUUUUCUGAAGAACUUUGCGGCCAGAAAGAGUGUCGAUUCUCUUCCUGGUGAUGUGUCUUGUGAGUUUUCCAUCGGUUGAAACUUUUUGUAUUUCAUGUGGGAGAAAGAUGCAAAUGAAGGGUGAAUGAAGAAUUUAUUUAUCGCACUCUUUUGUCCACUAACACAUUUUGAAAUAAAUUUAAUCCUUGUCACUUAUUUAAGUAAGUAAACAAGAUAAGAGCAUAAGUUUUUAUAGCAGCCAUUGCAACAAAUGAGUGGUUAGGUCAUUAGAUUACUCAAAUACUGAACAAAACUUGUGUAUUAAAUAUAAAUGCAAACCUCGUUUUUGCUGACCUGUAAAAGAUUUAUAUACACAAAAGGCCUCUCAAACAUUGAUCACAAAAUUGUCUGAACAUGUGUUAUUGAGUAUUCAGGUGUAGCAUAUCAGGAUUCUAACUCAACAUUAUUAUUGCACAUGUGUGCCUUAUGUUGGCCACUCCCAAAACAUGCAGUUGAACUGUAGUGUAUUGUAUUGAGGCAAUGAUGACCCCCCCCCAAUACAGCUAUAAAAAUAUUAUAAGUACUUUACAACUUAGCUUAUAAAUAUAAUGAAAAUACAUUUGUUGUGCACACAUUCUAAUUGUAUUUACUGGUAUUUAAUUAAUAGCUUGUUUUUGUGCUGUAACGUCUGAAAUAAGGUUUUCUGUCACUAGGGUGACAUCUACUGGUGUUUAUCAUAUACUGCAGCCUGACCUGGGGCGUGCUGAUGAGGGUAACAUCCGGGUACUGGCGUCCCACUGUACAUGCGCUCAAAAUACUAAGUGUCGCAUUGCGCGAACUGAAACGCCGUCAAUACAGUAAAUAAACGGACUAGAAAUGUAAAGCGGAUUAUCUUCCCACCAUGAGAAGAUCUAUCCGAACAAAACAGAAAUAAAAUCCUGUAUAUGUUUCAACAUAUCAAAAACCGAACUCGCGCACUUUUUACUGCGCACACUCACAAGCCUCCAUGAGCUGCGUGCUAGCUGCGUUGCACAGAUCUCAACGGCGCCAUUAUGAAUGACACCGUAAUCCACUUGGAUUGUAGAUCAAGUAAAAAACACACUGAUCACUGUGACAAACUAUUUACAAAAGUGACACGUUCCUCUCUUUCAUUUCGCGUGUUGUCUGCUAAAAAACACUUCAGAGUUUUGCCAUGGGCUAUCUUUAAGACGUUACUGUUGUUGUCCGGAAGCACAGAAAACAAAAGAAUUCCAGGCACUGGGCGUGAUCCUUCUUAUUCAUGUAGUAAUAACUCAAGGAGGAUGGUGGCGAAGAUGUCGAGUUUAACAGUGGCUUGUCACCCAGAGGACGG